UUUAAAAAUAUGCGUUCCUAAAGAAAAGAACAAACAUGACCGAUACCCGCUUCGUUCCACUCGACAGGACACGCGCCUAAGGCUAUUAGCUGUUCGAUAAAGUUGUUAUAGUUGAAGUACUCCUCGGAUAUGGCGAACGUAUUCCAAAUAGUGUUUUGUGUUGGACUUUACGUGGUUCUUUCUGCCGCGCAAGGUCCCUCUGUCACCACGUCUUAUGGGGAAAUUCGUGGCGUCUACGGCGAGGUAGUGUACACAAAUCCGGCGAUGAUCACAGUACACAGGUACCUCGGGAUUCCUUUCGCAAAUCCGCCGGUCGGGGAUCUGAGAUUCCGCAAGCCAGAGCGUCUGACGAUGCUCAAGACACCGUACAAUGCGAGCGCCUUCGGAUUUACGUGUCCACAGUUAGGAGACGCUUUACCAAAGACGCCGUUGGAAAGUCAGUCUGAGGAUUGCUUGUUUCUGAACGUCGUUGUGCCCGACAGAUCGCCGGCACCUGACAAGGAUCAUGCCGUCAUGGUGUUCUUCUACGGUGGCGGGUUCACCACUGGGUCAUCGACGACUUACGACGCGCAGUUUUUGGCGGCCUACGGCAACGUAAUCAUCGUCACUGCAAACUAUCGCGUUGGCCCGUUCGGUUUUAUGUCGACCGAAGACGAGAACUGCCCGGGAAACUUCGGGCUUUGGGACCAACAGCUGGCUCUGCAAUGGGUGAGCUCCAACAUUGCUUCGUUCGGGGGUGACCCCAAACGAGUUACCAUCUUCGGCGAGUCCGCUGGCGCAAUCAGCUGCAGCUACCAAGCCAUGUAUCCGCCCAAUCGUGGGCUUUUCCAAAAUGUAAUCACUCAAAGUGGAACGUUUGCAAACACUUUAUCGGUGCCAGUCCCCAAUGCUAGAAAGUACGCACUUAGGUUGGCGAACCAAUUAGGGUGCGCUUCAGACAACACGCUACACGCAAUGGAAUGUCUUCGGAAAGUCGCCUGGAAGGAUCUGAACGACGCCCUUGUGCUCUUAGGAAAGACCGACCCCACAUUCACGAUGUUCUCGCCCGCGGUGGACGGCGAUAUAGUGAAAGGGCACCCGUUACAGCUGCUGGCUAUGCACCAGAAUAAAUACAUGGAGGAAGUUGAGUUCUUCAGGUCUCUGCACUACUUGAAUGGAGUCAACCAGUUCGAGGGCGCGUUCAUGUUUCCUAUCUUAGGCAAUCCCGCGGCUAAAAAUCUGGAGGAAUCGUUGUCCACUUUUUUCUAUGCUAUUGGCGUCUCACCGGCGCGCAAGGCUCUAGUUGCAGCGGUGGUCCACGAGUACAAAAACUGGAACCGGCCGUUUAAUACCCAGGAGGUACCACUGCAGACGGUGAGGAUCUUUGGAGAUUCUACAUUUGGUGCGUCGGCUGUUGAGGCAUUACUCAUGCACGAAGCGGGUCCUGCGAACUCCUACGCCUACCGAUUCAUGCCCAGACCCAGUGUAAACAUCAUGGGCACACCAGACUGGGUGCCAGGAGCCAACCACGCGGACGAGUUGGGCUUCGUGUUUGCCUUGGGGAUGCUCCUUCAGCAGCCCUGGGAGGUACAAAUGGCCACACACCUGGUCACCUACUGGUCAAACUUCGCAAAGACUGGGAAUCCCAAUACCCCAUCCACUCCUUCUGUAAUGUGGCCUGUCUAUAACAAAGUCAACAUGACCUACAUAGAGCUGGACAAAGACGCUGUCACCGCCAAACAUUACUUUUUGGCGAAAGAGCACCACUUCUGGAACAACGUCAUGGCACUCAACAUGGAAAGUAUGGAUUCAAAUAAGUGUGACAUACCUGUGGCGGCUGCUGCGUCAUUGAUGACGUCAUUUGUCUCCAAGAUGGUCGCUGGGGUCGCGAUGCUGUUCGCUGCAUUAUUGUUUAAGGCAUUCUAAAAUGGAUGUCAACUGACGAUCGAAGAUGGAUGUCAUCUGACAAUUUAAGGAUACAAAAUGAAUGUCACACUUUUUCGGAUUAGUUUGAACACGCUAUUCUAUUUGUUAUUAAUGGUUUCGUCGUGGUGUAUUGUGUCUACUGUAAUAAAACUAGAACUUUGACACGAACACAUGAUUCGGAUAACAAUUUUUCGGAUUUGGAGGAACAUCUUGCCUGUACUUGCUAUACAUUCGUUCUAUUGGGUUAUUGUGUUAGCUGUAUUAAUUUGAAUUUUUCGUUUAACUGUGUGCAUUUAUUAUUUUACAUUUGAAAUGCAUUCUUCAGAAAUUAAAAUCUUCAUUGCAAAAUAUUUGACAUUUAAAUGUAAGUAUUGUUGAUAAGAAAGUAUAUAAAAGUUGCUUCAAAUAA